CAGGCCUGAAUAUGCCCCAGGCAUAUAAGGGACAGCCUUGCUGAGCUACUAACUGCUGAGCUCAAAGCUAUUCAACCCACGCACAGUGAUCAUCUCUACUGCACUUUGUGCUUUAAAAUCUCGAACAAUGUCAACCGCCUCUGUCACAAAAUUGGUUUUUCAGUGCAAUAACAUCGGGAAGGAAUCGACUCUUCUGCUCACUUUCGAUAGCGACAUGCCUGGCAUGUACGAAGACUAUUUUCCUGUAGUCUGGAAUAUGGUUGAUUUAACUUAUAGGUUUGCUUUGAUCAAACCGCAGGUCCAAAAUGGGCGCAUCGUUGACGCUACAACCGCUGUCGAGAUCAACGUGAGCGGCUCUCAUCUACUCUGCGAUUCCUGGUACCAAUGCAAGCAAUCACAUGCAGGACUCCCUGGUGCCUUGAAGGCCAUCAACGACACUGGAGAGAGACAGGAGAUUGCAGUCGGCACUACGAACCUCGGUGGGUUGAUACCUGAGCCGGCGCUCUUCUUCCCCAAGUUUGAAAAUGCCAGUAAUAUUACCGCACAGUUCACUCCAAAGCUACGCGCCUACAUUACUCCAGCUUAUCAAGAGGAUGACAUCUUGCGAGCUGCAAUCCACACCCCUCCAAUUUGGGAGCGCGACCUCACCGCUCUUAACCAGUCUACUACCUGGAAUAUUACGUGGGACCCAAGUGGACGUUACGCGAUCACUGAGGCGUGAUGAAGGGAUGAGAAAUUGGUGCCACUCAUCAAUAAAUCACCGGACAUGGCCCCGGGCAGGCUAGAGUACUGUAUUUUAUCUGUGUA